GAAACCUCUGCACUACAAGGGAAGCAAGUUCCACAGGAUCAUUCCCAGCUUUAUGAUACAGGGAGGUGACUUCACGCAUGGCAAUGGUAUGGGCGGAGAGUCUAUCUAUGGUGAGAAAUUCGCAGAUGAGAAUUUCAAGCUCAAGCACACCGGACCAGGUCUUCUGUCGAUGGCAAACGCUGGCCCAGACACCAACGGAUCGCAGUUCUUUAUCACCACAGUGACAACCAGCUGGUUGGACGGAAGGCAUGUGGUGUUUGGGAAAGUGUUGCAAGGGAUGGAUGUGGUUUACAAGGUCGAAGCUGAAGGCAUGCAGAGCGGAGCGCCCAAGACCACAGUUGUCAUCUCUGACGCUGGAGAGCUUCCUCUGUGAAAGUAACAGACUCUCUCCUUUAGACAAGCCCCUCAUCCAUCUGAUCUGAUAGAUACUCUGUCUGAAUAAUCCUACCACAACGGUUUUACGAGUUUGUAUUCCAGAGUUGGUGUUUUCAAUAAUAUUAAAGAAAGCCAAAACAUGUCCUGAGAGACAAUCGGCGGGCAGAUGUGGAGCAGUGGAUCUGUUGCUUUGGUCCGAAGCAAUCGGCCCGCUAUUUCUGUUCUACUUUUCCUCGUCUUCAA